AUGGAUUCACCUCCGAAAGCGAAAUACCUGAAACUGUCACUAUCAGACGAGGAGCUACGCUGUCCUCUGUGCUUCGAGUUACUCUUGGGUGAGCCAAAGAUACUUCCCAAGUGUGCACAUACCUUUUGUAAAGACUGUGUGACAAAGAUGAUCUCCCAGAAAGACUUACGUGAAUUAGUCUGUCCAGUUUGCAGAAAGGUGUCAUCUGUUCCACAAAAUGUCGAUGACUUAGCAACUAAUAACCUGAUUCUGAGGCUGAUUGACGGGGUGCCUGGCUUGAGAGAAACAGAGGACAUCAACGAAAGUUUAGCUCUAUGUAAGGUCGAAAUUGACAAAGCAAAUACCAUUCAAGGUCACAUAGGCGAAAGGAUGAAAUUGCUUAAAGAAAACGUGGAAAAAUUAGCAGAAGUAAAACACGAAAUCUCAGCCUGUGCUGAAGAAAUGAUCAGUCUCAUAAGGGGCUGUGAGGAAAGCCUGAAUAGUGAGGUCGAUGCAUUCCUUGACCAAAACUGUGCUAAAAUGGCUGAAAAUCUGGAGAAGUACAAGAAUAACUUGUCCACUCGCAUUGAAAAGACAUUGGAUUGUAUGAAAACUGUCAAGGACACUCUGGACAGAAAUGAUGUAGAAGAAAUUGUGAAAAUCAAGAAAGUAAUAGCAGACCAUCUGAAAGAGUUCUCCAGUUAUCUUAAAGUUUCUUCAUCUUCAAUUGAGAAGGUUGGUCAAGUGAAGACACUAGAAUUCCAAAAACAAAGUUACAAAGAUAUGAUACUGGGCAAAAUUGAAGAGGUUGUUGCCACUACAUCAACUACGAUUGAUCGUACCACAAGUUGCAAUGCAGAAUCUGCUGUGAAUACAACAGUUGCUCAUAAUCAUGUAGUAUCUGUUCCUACUGCAUCAGAUCCUCUCAAUGCUCCUUGUACUCUUAAUCAAACUACAAGUAGUAACGUACAGUCUGCUGCUACAGCAUCAGCAGGUCUUUGUAAUAGUCAAAGUAAAAAUACAGUAUCUGCAGCUAAGGAAUCAGCUGGUCUUAGUAAUAUAUCAAAUAGUAAUGCAGUGUCUGCAGGUACAGCACCAGCUGGUCAUAGUAAUACUUCAAGUGAUAAUGCAGUAUCUGCAACUAAAACAUCAGCUUGUCUUAGUAAUACUUCAAAUAGUAAAACAGUAUCUACGGGUACAGCACCAUCUGGGGCUUCUGCAUCAGCUGAUACUACAAGUAGUAAUGCAGUGUCAAACUCCAGAGCUCAAUCCAAAAGGAGUUCCAAAGUCUCUCCUCCAAAGCACCCCACACCUCCAAAAUGGAUAAUGGAGGAGAAUUCUCUUUCAUUCCAUCCUGACCGAAUUGCUGCUGAAGUAAAUGGCCAUUAUUGUUCAGAAUCGGACAUGUUGAUUGGAGUAUUAUGGUCAGAUGGCAGAGAGAUAGCACUUUUUCGUGGAGAUGAGCACAAGAACAGUAUAAUGGUCAAGUUUGGCAUUAUUACUGACAUAGCAUUUUGGAAUAACAUGGUUGCUGCUGUAAACCGUCAACGCAAUAGGGUGCUAUUUUAUGAGAAAUGUGGCCAAUUUAUAAACAUUGAACUGAAUAAUCCAGAAAAUGUGAAAUUCACAUAUGUUUCAGUGGAUAAAAAGGAGAGGUUGAUUAUUACUUCAACAAGAACAGAUGAAGAUGAUAAAGAUGCUGUCAUUCACCCAAAGAUUAUUGUAUAUGAGAAGACAGAUGGCAACUACACCAUGAACUUUGGUAGCAGAUACUUAACACAACCUGUAUCAAGAGCUCUCUAUGCUGAAGGAAGAUUUUACAUUGCGGACAAGUGCCAAGGAAAAAUCAGAAUCUUAGGGUUCACAUCUUCUGGAGAUAGUUGUUUUUCUUCUGACAUAGUCUCCAACAGUCUGCCAUUGUCAGUGUCACUUUCAACCAAUGGAUAUAAGCACAGUAGAGUUAUUUUGCAUGAAACCCAUCAGAAUGGCACACUGUUAAAGAUGGUUGAAGAUAACGGCAACAUCCUGACCAAGGCACAGCAGAUAACUCCUUACCAAAAGUUGAAGCAGGCUUUAGUGAUUUUUACCAAGCAAAGCUCUACAGUCCAGGCUGAGAUUUAUUGUGACAGGAAUAGGUUCACCAUUGUACAGUACAGUUGUUAA